UUAUCUGUGCAGGUGUGUGCAAGAAUUGGACUAGUUGGUUCUUCUGCUUCCUAUGAUCAGCUUGUCCGUCAGGUAGAAGACCUAAAGAAGGAGAAUUCCCACCUGAGGAGGGAGCUGAAGGAUAAUAGCAGCCAACUGAGCCGCCUUGAGCAUGACACAUCUGACAUGAAGGAGGUUUUAAAACAUCUUCAGGACAAACUUGAACAAGAUGUUGGAACAACGACAGAGCAGCCUGAUGCUUUGGAUCACAUGAAAGCUCUGCAAGGUGAUAUUCCUGGUAUAUAUAAUCAACAUGCAUCUUCAGGGAUUGGUCCUCCUGAUCUCUCUGUUGUCUUGGGUCGGUCUUCUGGAACUUCAUCUACAAAUGGUUCUCAGAAGAAAGGAAGAGCAGAAAGUAGGUCCAGUGGGACUCUGAAGGCUGAACUACACAAUGAAAGAGCUCUGUUGCUGGCAGAGAUUGACAAGGAAGAAAAAGAGAAGCUAUGGUAUUACUCCCAGCUUCAAAGUCUGUCCAAGCGCUUGGAGGAGCUGCCCCAGGUUGAAACGUUCUCCAUGCAGAUCGACCUUAUCCGGCAACAGUUGGAGUUUGAGUCAGAGCACUUAAGUUGUGUGUUGGAAGAAAGAUUUGGUACAGCAGAUGAAAUGGUGCAAAGAGCUCAGAUUCGAGCAUCCCGUGUAGAGCAGAUUGAGCAGCAGCUAGAAGAAAUACAAAGAAUUUCAAACCGAGAAGACCCUACAGAGCCCAGUGUAAAUCAUGAACCUCCAGAGAAAGUUUUGACAGAGAACUUCUCCCAACCCGAGGACAACUCUGGUCAACCAGAAAAUAAGGUUGAGGUAGUGUUCUGGCUUUUAUCCAUGUUGGCCACACGUGAUAAAGAUGACAUGUCACGUACUCUGUUAGCUAUGUCCAGCUCACAGGACAGUUGUCAGGCGAUGCGUAGAUCUGGAUGUCUCCCUCUGCUGAUCCAGAUACUGCAUGAAACAGAACGAGAUGGAAGGACACUAGAGUCACAGAGUUUCAAAGAUGCUCGCAUGCGAGCAAAUGCAGCACUCCACAAUGUCAUCUUCUCCCAACCAGAUGAGGCACAAGCCAAGAAGGAGAUGCGAGUCCUCCACAUUCUGGAACAGAUACGUUCAUACACAGAGACCUGCUGGGAUUGGAUGUUGAGUCAUGAGCAGAAGGAUGGUGUAUAUGACAGUAGUCCAGUGCCUGUGGAACCUCAGAUCUGCCAAGCCAGCUGUGCCAUAAUGAAAUUAUCAUUUGAUGAAGAAUAUCGCAGAGCAAUGAAUGAGCUAGGUGGUCUGCAAGCAAUUGCAGAGCUUCUAGAGGUAGACUACCAGAUGCACCGUAUGACCAAUGAUCCCCUAAGCUUAGCCCUGCGUCGCUAUGCAGGAAUGGCACUUACUAAUCUAACUUUUGGAGAUGUUGUUAACAAAGCCACCCUGUGCUCCCGACGUGGCUGCAUGCAGGCAAUUGUGGCUCACUUGGCCUCUGAGAGUGAAGAACUUCAGCAGGUGGCAUCAAGUAUCCUGAGGAAUUUGUCAUGGCGAGCAGAUAUCAACAGUAAGAAGAUACUGCGUGAAAUAGGCAGUGUUGUCAGUUUAAUGCAGUGUGCGUUACAUGCCAAUAAGGAGUCCACAUUGAAAAGUGUGUUGAGCGCCUUGUGGAAUUUGUCUGCCCAUAGCACUGAGAACAAGGCAUCUGUCUGUUCUGUUGAGGGAUCACUUGGUUUUCUGGUGAGCACCUUAACUUACAAGUGUCAGAGCAACUCAUUGUCCAUCAUAGAGAGUGGAGGAGGUAUCCUAAGGAACGUAUCCAGUCUAAUUGCUACACGUGAUGAUUACAGGCAGAUCCUGCGUGAUCACAAUUGUCUUCAGACUCUUCUACAACAUCUCAAAUCCCACAGCUUGACCAUUGUUAGCAACGCUUGUGGGACUUUGUGGAAUCUGUCUGCUAGAUGUCCACAAGACCAGGAACUACUUUGGGAUUUGGGAGGUGUUAGUAUGCUGCGUAAUCUUAUCCAUUCUAAGCACAAGAUGAUUGCCAUGGGUAGUGCAGCUGCCCUGAGAAACUUGUUGGCACACAGACCAUUGAAGUACAAGGAUGCUUCUGUUAUCUCUCCAGGGUCCUGCAUGCCAUCCCUCUACAUGAGAAAACAAAAAGCUCUAGAAGCUGAGCUUGAUGCAAAGCACUUAGCUGAAACUUUUGACUCUAUAGAUAAACAAGGGCUAAAAUCUCAGACAGUCAAGGGACCUUUAAGGCACAUAGAAAAUCUGGUAAAAGAUUAUGCAUCUGAUUCUGGCUGCUUUGAUGAUGAUGAGAUUCCAAACACAUCCAUCAGUGCUGAUACAGGAAAUUCUUCUGUACUUUCAAUGUACUUUAACUCCUCCAUCACCCAGGGUCAGACUGUGCCAAAGACUGCCUCACUGAGAAAAGGUUUAGAAUCUGAAAAGAUAGAUAACAAUAAGCAUGAGGUAAACAAAACUGAAGAUGAGAUCCUUGCUGAGAAAUUGGCAACUUGCACUGCAGCAAAAAUAGAAAGACUGGUGGAAGACAUUUCCACAAUGCACACAUCCUCUGAUGAUAGCUUCAGUCUUAGUUCUGAGGACCAUUGUAUUGACUGGCCCUGUGGUUUAGAUGAGUUACACGAGGGCAGAGCUCAGUCCUGUUCUCCUUGCAGACUUUCUGACAAUAGUGGAAUGAUGAGAAGAGAUAAUUUAAGUCGAGCUCAAGCACUUUUGCGCCUAAAAACAACUUACACUAGCCUCUCUAAUGACAGUCUAAAUAGUGGUAGCACAAGUGAUGGAUACUGUCCAAAAGAACAUAUAAGACCAUGUAGCAGAGCUGCUUUACUGGAUUAUAAGGAAGAGCUACAAAGGUAUCAGAAAAGGCCAAGUCGUCUUGAUCUAAAAAGUGUACUGGUUAUUAAACCAGAGAAAAAGGAUCCCAAUGAAAGUCAGGUAAAACAUGGGCAGUCCAGAGAAGAUCCAAAUGAACUCCAUGAUCUGAAAAUAAGAAAAACAUCUUUUGCUGGGCUCAAACAUAUGGACAGCAUUGAAAAAAACGAUCAACCAGUAGUAGAUGAUUCCAGUAACAAACUUUCAGGAGAGACAUUGGUGCAUACCAUAAAGCUAUCUCCGUCUUACAAGCACAUUUCAGGUAUGGACAAUUUAACAAAGAAUGGGUCAGGAUUACCCGUCAACAUUUUUCAGCAGGCUCUUACUGUAAAGAAGAAAGCAUGGAUGCUUCCAUCACAAAAUUUGGAUACCCUUUCAAAGGUUUUAGAUAAGACCUCUGUUCAUUCUUCCUCAACUGGAGAGCAGGAAUCACUGCAAAAGUAUGCAGUAGAAGGUACUCCAAUAUGUUUCUCCCGAUGUAGUUCCCUUUCCUCUCUUUCUUCUGGGGACAACCUUCUGGAUGGACCAAGCCGCAGUGAAAAUGACAUAGAUAGUGACUCUUCCUUGGAAAUUCUUGAAGAAGAUGGCUGCACUGGUGGUGAUAAGAGGAAACCAGACAGGUAUAAAGGAGUCGAGAAAGGUGGAAAUACACUCAAUGUCUCCCAGCCCAUUGCUAUUCCUCUGACAAAACCAGAGAAGCAUUUCCUCCAUGAUGUCUCACCAUCUAGGAAUGAAGAUAGGACUCCAUCUAGCUCCUCAGAAAACUACAUCCAGGAGACACCAUUAGUGAUGAGCCGCUGUAGUUCCGUCAGUUCUUUAGGUAGUUUUGAGAGCCCCUCUAUUGCUAGUUCUAUUCAAAGUGACCCAUGUAGUGAAAUGAUCAGUGGUACAAUUAGUCCCAGUGAAUUGCCAGACAGCCCUGGACAGACAAUGCCACCAAGCAGAAGCAAAACACCAAUCUUUGAUCCCAGUAACCACCUUGAAAAGGAAGCCAGUCAGUUUAACAUUCAGUGGGAAAAUAAUGUGAAAAAAUUCAUGGAGAUAACAGAUUUCAAAGAGAGAUUCCAGAUUCCAAAAGAUAUUGACUCAAUGAUUUACUUUACUGUGGAAAAGCCAACAGAAAACUUUUCAUGUGCAUCUAGUCUAAGUGCAUUGCCCUUGCAUGAACAUUAUAUUCAAAAAGAUGUUGAGCUCAAACUUAUUCCGCCAUUUCCUGAGAAAAACAGCUUGAACUUUGUAGCUCAUGAUAAACAGGGAGAUAGUCGUGAAGAGCGACUUCUAGGGUUUAUGAAAAAAUCUGAAAUGGAACUUGUUUCAGAUGAUGAUAUCGACAUUUUAAAAGAAUGCAUCAACUCAGCAAUGCCUCCCAGGUUGUGUAAAAUGAAAACAUCAGUUCUUUCUGGACACAUUGUGAACUCUCAGACCAAAAAGCCUGUCCAGCUACCGGUGUACAUGUUAGUUCCAGCUCAUACACAGCUUGCAGUAAACAAAACCUACCAUUCUAAAAAAGAUUUUAUUAAUGAUGAUUCUUCUUUCACAGAUUCAGCAGAGGGAACCCCUGUAAACUUCUCUAGUGCUGCUUCUCUUAGUGAUGAAACUCUUCAGUACUCUUUUAAAGAAAGUCAAGACCAGAGAGAAAGGCCAAAAAGCCGAAUGGAAAUUAGACAUUAUGGAACUAUGUUAGAUAGUCAUCAUCAUAGAGAUGGAAGAAGAAAUUUUUCCCUUGAAAAUGAAACAUUUACAGAAGAAAAUAAAAAUGUGUUCUGUGCUGGUUCAUCUAAAAUGACUAGUAAAUCAAACAGACAUUUAAAUGCAAGUUUUACAUUGAAAAUGCACCAAAAAACAAAUGUAGGCAGAAGCCUUGAUGCACUUCACAAGCUUCCUUCUAAUUGUACUGAAAGAGAUACCAGUUGUUCUAGUCAUCCAACAAGACUUGACAUAAAACAAGGAGAAAAUACUCAAGAAAACUUUGCUUUCCAGUCAUUUUGUCACACUACACCUACAGAGGAAGCGGUUUACUGUUUCUAUGAAGAUGAUAUUGAUAUUGAAAAUUCAAGCAAAAAUUCUCCAAGGAGAAAAAUUGAAGCAUCAAAAUCUUCACGAAAGCAUUGCCAGUACCCUGAAACUCAAGAAUAUAAACAAUCUAUUCGUACUGAUAAAACAGGUCAACCUACUGCUAAGUUUAGUAAUUUGAUUGAGGAUGAACCAAUGCCUUGCUAUUCUCUAAGCUCCUCCAUGAGCUCUCUUAGUGACAGUGAACCUGUGUAUGCCCAAGAAAUUAUUGAUAAACCUAUUAAACAGUCUUCAAGGUUACAAGUAAGGAAAUCCAGUAAGCAUGUUGGGAAGCGGGGUUCCUCACCAAACCAUACAUCAGAUGAAGAAAAAUGGACAAGUUCAAUGAUGCCUAGAAGGAGACGAUUGUCAGCUCGCAAAAGGAAACACAACCAGAAGAAUAAUGAGAACAAAGAGGAAACUCAGCAUAUCACUAAAGAAAGAGCAAAAGAUGAAGAUAUGUCGGAUCUAGACAGUGUGGACUGGGAAGCAAUCAAGGAAGGUGCUAACUCCAUAGUCAGCUGGAUAAAUCAAGCAGCUGCUUCUAUCUCCAGGGAAUCCUCAACAGUUUCUGGAGGUCCUUCUUCAGACUCACUUAUGUUUAGCCCUACUGUACUAUCCCAGAAACCUGCAUUUGGCCAGCAUAAACAAAACACAGAUAGAUCUCUACGCUCAAAACUCUCUGGAUCAAGUCAAAUAUCUAGCAGUAGUGAGGGAUCAAGGAAUAAUAAAGGGAGAAAAGUAGUUAAUCCCAGCCAAAAAUCAUCUUCUAAUAUCCCCAUGGUCUACCGAGGAAGGACAGUAAUCUACAUGCCUGGACAAGAAAAAAUAUCACCAACCAAGCAAUCACACCAGAAUAAUUCACCUCAGGAUGUCACAAAAGCCACUAACAGUAUGCGUUCCAGAAGUCUUCAUCGCUUAGAGAAAUCUGGAGAUAUUGGAUUUGAAAUGACUUUACCAAAGAGAAGUGCUACACCUCCAGCUCGAAUCAAUGCUGCUCCUUCUUGUAGCUCCUCCAGAAAUUCCACCCCAUCGAGGAAAGCACAAUCUCCAGUAACUCCACCAUCUCCAAAGUCAAAUGGGGUAAGGAACUCUCAGGUUCCUGGCAAUAAAACGCAAAAGUCACCUGUACGAAUUCCUUAUAUGAAAAAGCCAAGUCCUCGUGUUCCACCUGGUCCUUCACCUUUGGCUAUAGAAUCUGUUGCUGAAAGUCCUCGACAGAGUCCUAUCAAAAGACCCACUGCUCAGGGCAGUCGUCUUAACCAGGUACGAAACAGUGAGUCAGAGAAAUCAGGAAUCCUGCGUCAGGUUACCUUCAUAAAGGAAUCUGCAGUGGGUAUAAGACGUCAGCAUUCUGACAUCUCUGCAUCUCAAAGACAGCACAGAGCUGCUCCCAGAAACAAUGCAGCUUUACCUGCUGUUUUUCUCUGCUCCUCGCGGUGUGAGGAGCUAAAAGUGCUCAAGUCUUCAAAAGUUACCUCAGUGCCAAACCGACCCCUGCGAAGGACGAGUUCUGAAAGUCCAUCACGGUUACCUGUCAAAAAUAUACCACCUCCACCUGAACCUUUCAAAAGGUACUCUUCCUCUCCUCACAUAAACCUUCCAUGGUCACGUGUACAAGGUAGGGCAGGCCAGGGCACAUCAAAAAGUGAAGGUACAAGAAUUCCAAGAAUUGACAGCCCUUGUGGGUCAGGCAGGGCAACUUGGAGACGGAUAAGAGAUGAAGAUAUUCCUCACAUUUUGAGAAGCACUCUGCCUGCAUGUGCUUUGCCUCUUUCAGAAGAGUCUAAUGAGCCGCGCAGAAAAACAAGUGAUGCAGUAGUCCAGACAGAAGAUUUUGCUAUAAACAAGACAAAUUCCAGCACCUCACCCACAAUAGAAAGCAGAAACAGACCUGGUGCUUCCACAGUAAUGCCUGAAUCAGGGAAAGUAGCCUUAGGUGUAGUAAACCUACCAACAAGCAGGCAUAGUUCUCCCAGCAGGGCUGCCAGAAUUACUCCAUUUAAUUAUGUGCCAAGUCCUAUUGUGACAGUCAUAGAGGAAGCAGCAGGUAAGGUAACCAGUGAGUGA